AUGCUCUUCCACGCACUUCUCCUCCUCGCUGCUGGCCCGCUCGCGGCCCUGGCUGCAUCGUCAUCCCAGUCCACCCCCAUCGAUGGAGUCAACACCACAUCGUCAGCCGAGGCUGAGGCCACCCCCACCGGUGAUCAGACCCUCAAUACCACUGCUGCCAAUGGAUAUGGUCACUACACCCACAGCUGCAACUUCGCAGAACUCUUCCAUGAAAACAACAAAUGGCUGAUGCAGGCGGACUGCGAGACGAAGAACCAUAAGCGGCGCUGCACGAGACUGGACCCGGAGUUGUGCUACAAGUACGACAUCAACGGCGACGGCGGCGUCGGAGAAAUCGUCGCUAGCCGAGACGGCAGGGGCUUAGUCCAUUGCGCCGACUGCAAGAUCGGGGGAAUCAACAACGAGGAGUUCUCCUGCACUUGCGGCAUGAACGACGGACAUGCCGCGACGCACUAUGUCAUUACGGACGACCUCAUCUCCAACAACGACGGCUACCUCCAGUGUUUCGACUCCAAGUCACGGGGCACUGAGACGUGCCCCUAG